AUGGCCCCGUCCAAGAAAAUGAAUGGCGUUUCGUCGCCUAUACUCUCAGAGUCAGAAGACGACCGACCGCGAGGGCCACUCAGCAUCGUGGUGCCUGCCUCCGAACGCGAGGUCAUCAAGGUCAACAACGCUAAUCUGACAGACCUGAAGAAUGCGUGUGACGAUGCAGUGAAGCGCUAUCUUUCACGACCGGAUUUGUUCAAACAGAUACAUCAACAUACGGACGUGCGGCUGGCGUUUGGCUGGUCGAGUGUCUUUGUUGCUGCUGGCACGGCGCUGUAUGGAUAUAAGGUCGAAUUCGAGACAUCAAAGCCUGUCGUGUGGGCUGGAUUGAUACUAUAUAUCAUUCUCACCACCCUGCAAACAUUGUACGCCUACUUCAUCGAAGGGGAUAUCGUAUUUGUUGGCAAGCGAAAAACAUUUUCUAAGCGGAUAGUGACCGAGAGAAUAACACUUUCUUCAAAAACUACACCUUCCAAACCAUCGUCACCCCCUACGUACUCGCUAUCAGUCGCCUACGUCCGCUCGACAAACGGCGGCAAAUCACUAUUGGCUCGCGGAAAAAUGCAGAACGCAAAGAGCUACGGCGGGUUCUUCGACGAAACUGGCGUGAUGAACCAGGAAAUCUUCGAGGAAUGGGUCGGUAGCUUGGUCGAGCAGGCCAUGGAGGGGAAGACAGCGUAG